GCCAAGUCUCCAACUUUAUCAGAGGGACACGGUCAUCGUCGGCAAUUGCCUUCAAUUCCUGGCAUUAUGCAACACCGAUCAGUGAGAAUGGAGCAGAGGCCUUCUACGCAUUCACUAGACACUGCAAGGUCAAGGUCGAACGACCGUAAACAUCGACCAAGGUCGGAUUCUCCUGGAGCAUGGACCAUUGCACAUACACCUACGGUCUUCAAGAGAGAGCUCGAUCUUCGACUUGAUGGAAGUGACAACAGUCAAUAUGAAGAAAAUGUUGAAGAUGAUGUUCUUUUCGCUUCUCAGGUCAACGAUCGUGAUCGCAAUCCUUCGAGUCAACCUAUAACACCUCGUCACAGCAUCUAUGAAGGUUAUGAUCCGCAAUCUAGACAUCAAAGACAAAGUCAGCACCUUCGAGACAGCUUUGCCGAACGACGGAGAUGGGAUGCGUCUUAUGAGCAUCAAUUUAAGCAGAUGUCAAGUUGUGGUCCACCACCACCAAUUCAAAAUAGGGGUUACCAGCCUCAGACUGGAUGGGACCACAGAAUGUCACCUACAGUAGUGCCCUUAUUACCUCCACAACUACCCCCACCACCUCCCCAGCCUCAUCUUUACACCUCCGAGUAUAGCUCAAUGCACCGAAACUUUCAACACCAGCCUGAGUGGCAAAAUUGGCAACAGGCGGCGAAUCCUGGACGGCCCUAUAUUCAACCUCCUCCACUGCAACCUCCACGAACGUGGCAUCAGCAGAGUAAUGGACUUGGUCCAACUUCUUGGAAAUUAGAUGAGUAUGGAUUGACAAGAAUUAUUCUUGUAUUUUAG